AGACAGAGGGAAGUCUGAAGACACACGAUAGAAACAGUAACUCUCAUGAGGCCAGCAAUGCUCACCCAGACGUGGCCAAAAACCAGACUGUAGGGAAAACUGAGAACCCUGCAGGUAACACCGAGGAAGUAGAACACAAGGUCAAGAGUUCUCGAAAGGAGAAAUCUGUUCUACAGUCGAAACUAACUCGCCUGGCCAUUCAAAUUGGAUAUGCGGGUACAGCCAUAGCUGUUCUUACAGUGGUCAUACUCAUUGUGCAGUUCUGCAUUCAAGAGUUUGUCAUCAGAGGCAAGACCUGGACAGCCACGGACACCACGAGGAACAUUGAGAUAUUUGUGAAGUACUUCAUCAUUGGUGUCACAGUGCUUGUGGUGGCUGUCCCCGAGGGCUUGCCUCUUGCUGUAACACUGGCUUUGGCUUACUCAGUGAAGAAAAUGAUGCAUGACAACAAUCUGGUACGACACUUGGAUGCUUGCGAGACCAUGGGCAACGCCACCGCAAUCUGCUCAGAUAAAACCGGUACCCUUACCACCAACCGGAUGACAGUCGUACAGAGCUACAUCGCAAAAAACUAUUAUAAAAGUGUUCCUGACUUCCAAGCCAUCAAUUCAAAGCUAGGCCAGCUGAUUUUAGAAUCCAUCGCUGUCAACUGUGGAUACACAUCCAAGAUAGAGGAAAAUCCUGACGGUGGUCAUCCAAAACAGCUGGGCAACAAGACCGAAUGUGCCCUCUUGGGGUUUGUCUUGGCCAUGAAACAGUCUUAUGAGAAGAUCCGUGAGAAGUACCCUGAAGAGAAACUGGUCAAGGUGUAUACCUUCAACUCUGACCGCAAGUCUAUGAGCUCAGUGAUCAAAGUGGACCAACGGGAGGAUGUCUACAGGCUCUUCUGUAAAGGAGCUUCUGAAGUUGUAGUGAAAAAGUGCAGCUUUAUCCUUGAUUCCCAAGGAGUGGCACAGCCUUUCUCUGUCAAGGAGCAGGAGAGAGUUGUCAGCGAAGUCAUCGAACCUAUGGCUAGUGAUGGUCUCAGGACUAUCUGUUUGGCAUACAAGGAUUUUGUCACAAAUGAUAAAGCAGUAAAUGAAGAAAGUCUGCAAGGAGUUAACUGGGAUGAUGAAGCAAAGGUUCUGUCAAAUCUCACUUGCCUGUGCAUUGUGGGCAUUGAGGAUCCUGUCAGAGAUGAGGUACCAGAAGCCAUCCAGAAGUGUCAGAGAGCUGGCAUCACUGUGCGGAUGGUGACUGGUGACAAUGUAAAUACUGCUCGCAGCAUCGCAUCCAAAUGUGGCAUCUUGAGACCAGGAGAGGAUGGGCUCGUGUUGGAGGGGAAGGAGUUUAAUCGGAGGGUUCGAGACCAGUCAGGAGAGGUGAGUCAAGAACUGAUGGACAAGGUGUGGCCAACUCUGAGAGUGUUGGCUCGCUCCACGCCUCAGGACAAGUACAUACUGGUCAAGGGAAUCAUUGACAGUAAGCACGGCAAGACCAGACAAGUGGUCGCAGUCACUGGGGAUGGUACAAAUGACGGCCCUGCUCUAAAGAAGGCUGACGUUGGCUUUGCUAUGGGCAUUUCUGGCACAGAUGUGGCCAAAGAGGCAUCAGAUAUCAUUCUGACAGAUGACAACUUCACUAGCAUCGUUAAGGCCGUGAUGUGGGGACGGAACGUCUAUGACAGUAUAGCCAAGUUCUUGCAGUUCCAACUAACUGUUAAUGUUGUGGCUGUCCUGGUGGCAUUCUUCGGUGCCUGUAUUAUAAAUGACAGUCCAUUGAAGGCCAUUCAGAUGUUGUGGGUGAACCUGAUUAUGGAUACCUUGGCGUCCCUUGCCCUAGCCACAGAGCUGCCUACAGAUGAGCUUCUGCGCCGCAAGCCGUACGGUCGAACGAAAGCCCUCAUUUCCCGCACAAUGGCCAAGAAUAUUAUUUGGCAUGCUAUCUAUCAACUGGUCGUCAUUGCUGUCUUAUUGUUUGAAGGUGCCAAGCUGUUAGAUGUUGAUGACGGUAUUAAUGACAUCGAGGAUGUCCAUGCACCACCCUCUGUACACUUCACAAUGAUCUUCAACACAUUUGUUUUUAUGACCUUAUUCAAUGAGGUCAAUGCACGCAAAAUCCACAAUCAACAUAACAUCUUUGAAGGCAUCUGCACCAACCCUAUCUUCAUUGGCAUCUGGUUUGGAACUGCCUUUGCACAGGUUAUCAUCAUUGAGUUUGGAGGUGUGGCUUUUCAUACAACUGGCUUGAAUGCAUCUCAGUGGCUGUGGUGUGUGUUUCUGGGCUUUGGUACCUUGCUGUGGGGACAGAUAGCAACACUGAUUCCAGACAGUGUUGUGCCAACAAUGAGAUGGUUCAAGAAGUCUGCAAAGGAAGAAGAAGAUGAGCAUGAUGUUGGUGAAAUGGAUGAAGACCCAGUCAGUGGACGAGGGCAGAUUCUCUGGGUGCGGGGUCUCACUCGUUUACAGCAGCAGAUCCGUGUGGUUAAUGCAUUCCAAAUGGAUCUGGAAGCAUAUUUGGAAAACUAUGAACAGCGUGGCAGGCCAUCUGUGAUGAACCUGCAAGCACAAAAGAAAUCUCUGGGUAAUGACAGUGGUCUCGCUAGGAAGAUCAGUAAAUCUAAACCGGAGCGCCCAUUGUCUCGUGGUGAUGACUAA